AUGUCCGACAGUGACGAACCUAGGAACUGUAACACGGAGCCUUUGAGGGGCAGCUUCUGUGAGUCAACCGAUUCUGAAGACAGUAUUUACCCGCAAUCUCCAGAUGGUGGCUGGGGUUGGGUUGUUCUUAUUUCAUCUUUUCUGCUGAACUUGAUUGCUGAUGGCUGCGCCUAUUCCUUUGGUGUCUUUUUCACAGAACUGCUGGAGACAUUUGGUGAAACAAAGAGCAAGACAUCAUGGGUUGGGUCUUUGUUUGUUGGUGUGUCGCUUAUCUGUGGCCCACUUGCCGGGGCCCUUACUACAAAGUUCGGAUGCCGGAAGAUGACCAUUGCUGGUGGGAUUUUAUCCAUGACAGGAAUAGUCGCCAGUGCAUUUGUCAACUCUAUUGAGAUGCUCUGUUUUACCUUUGGUUUUGUAGCAGGUUUUGGCAUGUCCAUACCUUAUGUCACCUCCAUUGUCAGUGUGUCAUUUUACUUUGAGAAGAAACGAGCCCUUGCGACGGGUUUAUCGGUUUGUGGCUCUGGAAUCGGUACUUCUGUCUUCGCUCCCUUGCUUGAAUACCUGAUUGAUAUUUAUGGUUGGAGGGGAACCAUGCUAAUUCUUGGGGGGAUUGUUGGUAACGUGGUAGUCUGUGGCUGUCUACUACGACCCUUAGAGUACAGCCCAAAAGAAAAAUAUGAAAAAGCACUAGAAACGUUUACAAAAAUAUCAAAGAACGAUGCUCGUUUGAAUUCAAAGUUUGAUGAGGGUCUAUCGUCACGGAGUUACGAUGCCCAGCUGACUUAUUGUUCAAAUAUUGCUAAUCUUGUAGUUUCUAACUCUGUUGUUCAUCUUCCAACGUAUUUACAACUCAAGCGGGUCAGUAUUUCAAAUGAAGUCUUUCACAAACUAUGGGGGAACUCAUGUCAUAAUAGUGAGGUACGGGUAGUUCUGGGUGAACCUAAUGUGAAGCAGACAACGUCGUACCCAGACUCUUUCUCAAGUAACAGAAUUGUUGCUCCUCCCUUUUGCACUUCCGAUAAUCUCCCCGAGAAGGGCAUGAAGGAUGUGUGGCAACAGAAGUCAUCUACAAAACGAAAGCCGUCCGCGGCCAGCCAGCAGACCAUUCUCUACCGAAAAGACAUUUUUUACCGUGGAAACUUACUUAAGUUGUCCCUUGACCAAAAAUCCUGCAGCUGUCCAGAAAUCUCGCAUCUGGUUGGGACGGCAGAUGACCCAGACAGCGCUGAGGACUUUCUGGAAUGUGCCAACAACUCUCUGUGUACAAUCCUACUUGUGGAUUACCUGGGGCUGGACAAUUUGACUAGCGCUUAUGGCUUAAUGCUUCUCUAUCAGGGAAUUGCCAACCUUCUAGGACCACCUGUGGCUGGUCUACUGUGUGACACUUAUGGAAGCUAUGAUUACAGCUUUUAUGCCUCUGGGGCUUUUGUCAUUCUGUCUGGACUGAUUCUUGUGCCAACACCAUAUCUACAAUGCUGGUACCAAAACCAACAGAAGAAGCACACACAAAAGAAACAGCAACAAAAUCAGGAACCUUCAACAUCGAAACCAAAUCAUAAGGUCAUGUCCCAAAUGGAGACUGUUGUCUGA